AUGUUCCCUUCUGAUAAGGUCAGAAGUGUCCCACGAACAUCAAAAACCAGCCAUGGUUCGACAUUUAAAACAGCAGGCCCGGACGACCGAGACAAUGUUGAAAGCGGUGUUAAAACAGAAACAGUGUGGGAGACGAUGGAUCCAUAUACAACCAGUACUCGCCAUAGUAUAUCAACUACUAUUCCAGCCAGUUGGUCCACGAAAACUACAGCAAGGCCAGACAUUACAACGAAGAGCGAUACCAACUAUCCUACUACGACACCCGAGAGUAGCCAGAGUCCUGACACUCUUGCAUCUACACCUAAUCACUCCCGUAGGCUCUCAGACGGAGCUAUAGCUGCGGUUGUCAUCGGUGUCGUCUUUGGCUUAGCCCUGGCAGCAUUAGCAGUAUGGCUCUUGAUGCGCAGAAGUCGCAGACGCCCAACAAUCAGCAACCCAAUCCUUCCUCGGGAACCCGAGAUUUACAGUCCUCCGCCGCCAAGUUCCCCAUUGCCAACUCCUCCACUGUUAUCAGAGCUGAGCGCCCACCCUGAUCGGACUUCUACACUAGAGGAUUCCUGGGUCAGCUACGGAGACCGUGUCAGAUCACCUACGCCUCAGCCAGCGGUGGCGGAGGUGAAGAGCUUUACUCGUGCGUGGCAGAAGCCACGGGUAUAUACCGUCGGCGGAAGACGUAUCGCAGAGUUGCCAGAUUCACAGCCACAGACAAGUCCUGAUGACGAGAGUGACGAGGAUGACGAGGAUGACGGCAUGUCGCCUAUCCCACCAGCGUCUCGAGGAAGUUCAGCUCAAGCUAAUCGUCGUGUCGUGAGUCCAACAUCAUUGACUUCGAGGUUCAGCACGCUGUCUUCUAGGACAAACUUGAGUCGAGAGCGAGGAUAA